AUGCCGCAGCUCAUCUUGGAAGGAAAGGCAGAUGAGCUCGUUAGCAAGUUUGAGGAGGCAUACUUAGAGGUGAAAGCGCGCAAGGAGGUGUACCUCGCUGAAGAAGCCGAGAGCUACUUCCACUACCUGCAGCCGAAGGCCCGGGAGGCCGCAGUGCUAGCCGCCAGCCGUGGGCUCUCCCAGGUGCUGGUGCUGGAGCACCUGGAUGGAGACGUGGUGGAGCGUUCUCUUGCCAUGAAGGAGGGAUUGGAGGAGAUGUAUGGCAAAGGAAGUUUCUACAUGAGCUUGGACAAGUGGGAAUGCCAACGAGAUAUCGAGUUUUUCUUUCCACACCUGGAUGCCUUGCCAGUGGAGCGCACGCUUGCAGUCGUUAAGCCCGAUGCCGUCCAGCAGGGCGAAAAGGGCGGGAAGACUGCAGAGCAAGUGGUCGAGGACGAAGCUGCACAGCUAGGGCUGUUCGUGGUCUCGAAGCAGCUGCAUUCGCCGGAUGAGGCACAAGCGAAGCUCAUCUGUCAGGAGUAUGAUGGGAGCGCAGAUCAUACCAAUGCCGUGGCGGCGGUGAUGGCCGAGCCCGGUUGCCUUGUCAUGUGCAUUGAGGGCAGAGGUGCUAUUGGCAAGAUGCAGCUGAUUUGUGGGCCAUCGCACUCUGGAGUGGCCCGUGAGCGUGCUCCAACCACAAUCCGUGCGCUUUGGGGCACUGAUGGCACCAGCAACGCCAUGUAUGCUAGCAUCAACAUGGAAGCAGCAGACAAGGAGAUCAAAGCCUUCUUCCCAGACGGCGCGCUGAAGCUGGAGCGCACACUCUGCAUUGUCAAACCCGAUGCUAUUGCGAAUCUGGUGGCUAUCAAGACUGAGAUCGAAGCGGCAGGAUUCACGGUCCUCAAGGAGAAGCAGACGACGCUAAGCGAAGAGCGGGCCAAGGAGUUCUACAGGAGCAGCAAGGGCGACCCCUCCUUUGCAGCCGUGGUUAAGGAAUCCUGCAGCGGGCCUUGCUGUGCCAUGGUGCUUUGCCGCGUCGAAGCCGUGACGGUCCUGAAGCAGCUGAUGGGGAAUGCAUCGGUGAAGGAGGCGAAGAAGUCGCGCCCAGGCUCCCUGCGUGCCCGCUUCGGCAGGGAUGGACAACGCAAUGCCGUCCAUGGCAGCGAGUCUUUGAAGGAUGCUGUGCAGGAGAUCCGUUUCUUCUUCCCAGAGAUGGGAGUCGACCCCCUGCCUGACGACAAUGAGGUGAGGGACUUUGUCUUCCGCAAGUCCGCGCGUGCCUCUAUGGACCUACAGACCCUUUCUGAUGCCCAGGCAACUGACUUCGAGCUUGACCCUACCAUGCAGCAGCUGAUCUCCAAUGGCCUUAUCGGCUUGUGCAAGGUGAAGCCACAGGGCCUGGCGGCUGUUAAGUGGUUGGCCAACUGGCUUAGCGAAAACAAUCCGAACAAUCAGGCACCCAAAGCCGCGUUUGAUCCACCAACGCGCACCAGUCAGUAUGUGGAGUCGGGAGUGAAUCAGGACGGCAUGGCCUUCGUCGUCGAGGCACCUGCGCCCGAGCCGCCGUCAAAGCCCAUCGUCGAAGUUACAGAGGAAGAUCUGAAGAAGGAGCCAGGGGAGAGCGACUUGAAGACGCCGCCCUUCGUUGUUUUUGUGGCUGGUGGCCCUGGCUGUGGCAAGGGCACUCAGUGCACCAGGAUCAAGGACGAGUUCAACUUGAUCCACCUGAGCACGGGAGACCUCAUGCGCGCAGAGGUAAAGGCUGGAUCAUUUCUUGGUGGUGAGAUCGAGAAACACAUGUCUGCGGGCACUUUGGUCCCAGACGACAUUGUCUUACAGCUGCUGAAAAAGGCGAUGAUCAAGAACCAAGACACAAACAGGUUUCUGUUGGACGGUUUCCCUCGUGCAGUUGAACAAGCCCAGCGCUUCGAGCGCGAGAUCGCAGAGGUCUCGUUUAUGCUCUACUUGGAGGCCAGCCAUGAAACGAUGAUGGAUCGCAUCAAAGGCCGAGCUGCCACCAACCCAGGCCGAGUCGACGACAACGACGAGACGGUGCGCAAGCGCCUCGAGGUCUUCGACCAGCAGACUCUUCCCCUGUGCAACUACUAUGGCCCCAUCGGCAAGCUGCGCAAGGCCAACGCAGAAAAGGCGCCGGAUGAGGUCUUUGCAGAGGUGAAGCGCUACUUCAGCUGCCGCUUCCUCUACUUGCUGGGCCCUCCAGGGGCACCUGUCGAGCAUAUGGCGGACAAGCUGGAAAAGCAGUACGGUUACUCGGCCAUCAAUCUAACGACGCUGCUGAAAAGCUAUGCCGACUCCAACGAGGCAGAUGCACCGGCCGUGAGGAAAGCCAUGCUGGCAGGAAAGCCUGUAGAUGCCUCCAUUGCUUGCCCUCUCAUUCUGUCGGAGAUCUACCGAGACAUGGCCCUAGGAGUACAAAACUUUGUCUUGUCCGACUUCCCUCAGAGCCUGAAGCAAGCCCAAUUCCUAGAGUACCGUGUCUCCAGCAUCACCAGAACUUUGGUAUUGGACUUUUCUCGUGCAGAUGCCGCUGAUCUCGCUGCGACCAUGAGCAGCAAGGACACCCUUGAGUUGGAGCUUCGGUCCAACUACUUCUUUGGGCCUGAGGCGUCGGAGAUGCUCACGGCUUUGAAGGCAGAGCGCAUCCCGUACAGCUUGAGCGAGAUGCAAACGUGCAGUGUGGUAGAUGGCACCUGGAAGAAGCUGAGUGAGCAAGUCUUGCCAUCCCUAACCGUGGUGUUGGGACUACCAGGGAGCGGCACAGAUGUACUGGCCAAUCUCUUGGCCCAAAGCUCCCCGAAUUUCGAGGCAGUUGAUUGCGACGAGCUCUUGGACAAGGAGCUCGAGCGUCAGACCGAAAUGGGGUUGGCGAUGCAUAACAUGCUUGCAAAGGGCCAGGUCGUCCCAUUAUCGAUGACGCUCGAACUGCUGAAGGGUGUGGCUAACCUGACUUGCUCCGAGUGCCUCAUCAUCCAGAACUGCCCGCAGUACGUGGACCAAAUUGAGCUCAUCGAGCGAGAUUUCCGCAUCAACAAAGUCUACUACAUCCAGGGUAGUGAGGCCGCCGAGAAGUCAUGGGCUGAUAGCUUUGCCAUGAAGGAGGACAGUGCAACAGCGGCCAAGCGCUUCAGCGAGCUGCAAAGGCGGUUGCCGCCGAUGGUGGCUCACUUCAGCCGUCUUGGCCUGCUCGAGAAGUUCGAGGUUUCCGAAACUCCCAGCCAAGAGAGACUCCAGAGCCUUAUCGCCAAGUCCAGGAUGCCCCAGUUUGCCGUUGUCAGCAGCUUGUCGCCGGUCCUAGGCGCAAAGAAGGCGCAGGAGCUCUGCGACGCCUACGGUGGCAGCCCCAUCACAUCCAAGAGCCUAGCGGAGUUCGCGGGCAAAGCCGACGCAGAAGCCAGUAGCUCUGAUGAAGUUACCAUGCUGAAGGCCUUCGCGCAGGGACGAGCCGAACCUUUCCUGGUUCUGCAGGACUGCCCCAGUGUCGACUCCCAGGCACACGCCUUCUUGGAAGCCUUCGGCGCACCACGAGCAGUCAUCUAUCUUGAGUGCGAUGAUGAGUUCCUCGAUGAGGAAUACAGAGGUCUGCACGAGGACGAGGAGAUCGAUGGCGAGCAGCUCGCUGAGAAGAUGGCGCAGCAACGGGCCACAAUGGAAGGCACCAUGAAGGUGUUCAAGGAGCUGUGCCCAGGAAGCUACCUGGAGAUUGACAAAAAGAUGCGGGAGAGUCCCUCGGACGUCGCUGCCGUGAUUCAGCAAAAGCUGAUGCCGACAGUUUACGUCAUCCUUUCACCGGGCACGGAGCCAGAAUUUGGCAAUCUCGUGGCUGAGACGAUUUGCGCCAUGAGCACCGCAGGUGGCUUAGAGGAUGCCCUACCGUCCAAGUACACAAUCUUGGAUGCCAUGGCGAUUUGCAAGAGCAGCGGCCACAGUCCAGCUGUAGAGGAUGCCAUCGCCAAGGCGUCAUUCACAGCAGAAACUCCCGACAGCUUGCCUGUGAAGGUAUGGGCCGAGAUAUGGAAGGAGGCCUUCCUCAAAUCUGCAGACCCCAUGGGCACGUUCCUGUUGACCAACUUCCCAACGGCAAGCUCCGUGAAGUCCAACACCGUGCGAGACCAGCUCUCUGUCGUCGAGUCCGUUUCAUCUCUGGCAGGCAUUCUGCACGUCAAGCUGGGAGCUGCAGCCUUCGCAUCAUUUUGCAGCACUGACGACGAGAAGCUCGAAGUCUAUUCGGCCUUCGAUGCUCAGGUGCACGAUCAGACCUUGGCACAGUUUGGCCCCGGACGGAUUACGGAAUGCAUCCUGGCACGGCCAAAGGCAACGCGUGAGCCGCAGGCGAAACCGCCCGCGAUUCCCGUGGAGACCGUAGAAUUGUGCAGCUUGGUGAGCCCGACCCGGUGGGCCAAGGCCUUUCAGGAACUUGUCAAGUUUGGGCGCUGGACAGCCGAAAAGUCGGUCCGCGCGCUGAUCCGGUGUCUGGUCUUGGCCGUUGCCAAAUUCUUCGAGCCUAUUGGGGAGGACCUGGACGAGGCUGGCGAGCGCUGGACAAAGCGUUCGUCCAGGUCCCUCUACGACGAUCCUGCCGAACUCAGGACUCACACGGUCCAGCAGGGCCCGGAGCCAGAACGCCGUGUGCAGAACCUGCGAGUCCAUGUUGGCAUCCUUCAGUUUGAAAACUUCGGUUUCGGAGCCCCUGGCUUGUUUGAGACCAGCGGCUUCCGGAUCAUGUUGCAGCCGGGUGGGCGAGCACCAGUGAGGUGGUCAGACAGCCAGCCGGCUACAGGGCAGCAGGAGCUCAAGUACAGCAAAGUCAUUUCCAGCGAUGGGAGAUACUCAGCAAGCCUCAGCUGCGCCUUCAACGAGGAUUUGAGCCUGCCCAUACCAGGUCCGAUCCCAGAGACGCUUUGCGUUGAUGUUUGGCUAGAGAGCCGUACUUUCGUGGAGCGCUUGGACAGCUUCUUGCACAUGGGCCCGAAUGCGCGACGCGCGCCCAAGUUCAUGCUGCAACCGGCUGUGACCGCUCCAAGACUCGGCAUCGGCUGCACAAGGGAAGUCCGGCAUGAUGCGCCGCACGCGCUUGCUCGGAGAGCCGUGCCUUGGCUCCGCGAAGAGCUUGGCGACAGCAGACGCCAAGAUCUUCGCAUAGGCCGCAAAAGCAAGAAGGGUCGAGGAAGAUCUGCUGAGGCCAUCUUGAAGUCGCUUUUUGACUUGGGACCUCAUCCUCCACAAGCAGCGGUUUUCAGUGCUUGUUGGCCUGGUUUGGCCUCCUGGGAACGCAAUCCGAAGGCAGCCACUGCGGUCUUAGCAGGACUUGGCAAGCGCGGUCUGUGGGAUGUGGCUUUGAAGGUCACCCGGUUCAUGCAGCAUCACAGCCUGGACGUCAACUGCUUCCAUUAUACCAGCGUCAUCAGUGCAUGUGAGAAGCGAGGGAAGUGGAAGAUCGCAUUGACGCUUCUAGGCAGCAUGAAGGAAGAGGAAGUGUUCCCAAGCGAAGUGUCGUACAACGCCGCCAUAAGUGCUUGCGCCAAAGGGGGCGAGUGGUCCGUAGCACUCGAGCUUUUGAAGGAAAUGCGCCUGGAUGAUGUCAUGCCGGAUUGCGUCUCGUACAAUGCCGCUUCCAGCGCAUGUGCAUCAGCCGGCCUUUGGAAUUCGUCUUUGCAUCUGCUGCAAGAAAUGUGCACAACCACGGUGCCACCGAGUGUAAUUACGUUCAGUACUCUUCUCAGUGCAUGUGAGAAAGGCAAGCAGUGGCAGAUGGCUAUCAGCAUACUGUUUCAUCCGCCCGUGCCGGCAUUAAAGCCAGAUAAGAUCUGCUUCACAGCAGUGAUCAGUGCCUGUGAGAAGGCCAGAGAAUGGGAGAAAGCACUUUUGUGUUUUCGAGACAUGGACACUCGAGACCUGCAGAAAGAUGAAAUUUGCUUUCACAGCGUCAUCAGCUCUUGCAUACGUGGUCGGGCAUGGAGCCAAGCAUUGAGCCUUGCUUUAGACAUGGAGGCGCUGCCUCUGGCGGUGAAUGGGAUCUUGUGGGGUGGUGUGGCCACGGCCAUGCAGCAAAGCGGGCAGCCGAUCGCUCAACUAACUAGCCGGCUACGCAAGAAGUGGGCGCGGCAACAGGGCUCCCAUAGCUCGCUCCUACGAGCCCUGCCGAGAAUCGGAGAGUCCCAAGAGCACGAGGUACACGUGCUCGAUCAGGCUGAGGGGCUGCUGGCUGCUUUCAAGCCCACGGGGCUGAGCACCGAGGCGGCCCUACAAAGGCUCUUGCAUCUUCUCACCCAAGAGGGCUACACUGGGGAACUCUCCCGCGCUUCACGACUGGACGGUGCCACCUCAGGGGUCAUCCCAGUGGCUUUGGGCGAGUCCGACUCACCUGCCUCGAAUUGGUUGAACUACCAAUUUGCUGCGCGCAUGGUAUCGAAGGAGUACGUUUGCCUUUGCUCGGGUCUGCCAUUGGGCGCAAGAGGCACGCGAGGUGUGGUUUCCGCCGGCCUCGUGACUGAGUCCCGAGGAGCGCAGUUGAAAGUUGUGUGGGCGAGCCACGGCAAGGAGGCUCGAACGGAGUACGAGCUGAUGGACUCCUUUAGCUUGCCCGAAGACAUCGGUGCUGUCCAUCCUGGCGCUGUUCUCUCACUUCUUCGCGUCAAGCCCCUCACAGGUCGGACGCACCAGAUCAGGACACACCUGGCCGGCAUCGGCAGACCCAUUCUUGGUGAUCGCACCUAUGGUGGCCUUGCAGUCAGCUGGUGCUCGCGUCUCUUCCUGCACUGCCGACGAAUCUCCGUUCGGGACCUUGGAAACAAGCUCUUCCAACCCGUGGCGCCGUUGCCUCGCCAGCUGAAAUCAAUUCUGGAGGAUUUGCGUUCUCGCGGUGUCGGGCUCGGGAGCAACCUCCCCGAAUUCGAUCACCGCUUCCUGGGCCGCAUCAUGGUCAGCAUUCCGCCGUUGGAUGUGGAAGCAGUCCAACAGAACUACCCGAUCCAGGUUAGCAAGCUUUGCGACGGGCCCCGGCCGAAGCUCCUGUCCGUUGGCAUGCAGUGGGCGUGUGGUAUGGGCAACUCCGCCUGCUGCACCGGUGCCGAGGCUAGCGCCGAGAAUGAGCAGAAAGAGCUCACUCGCAAGGAGGCAGUCCCCGGUGCUCCUGAUCUUCCAGGCCCGGAUGUGAGCGCACCGAUGGCCGCUCAGGCGUCCCCCGGCGAGUAUGUCAUCCAGCUUGACAGGAAAGCAGGAGGCCGCUUAGGCAUCGACGUGGACCACAAGGAUGGUGAGACGCUCCUCAUUGAAGUUAUCAACGAGGGCCUCGUCAUGGAACUGAGCUUAGCUCCGGCUCUACGUUACUUGAGUAGCAGCUUGUUGACUGACUGCUUGUAA